UUCCGUCAAUACUAUAAUUUUCCAACAUGGCGGCCAUCAGGAGCGGGGUGACUCCGUGUUGCCUGGCCAGAAGUUUUCUGAGACAGGCUGGAAAACCGCAAAGGGGCAGUGACUCUCUUUCAGUAAUGUUGAACCAACGGUUGCUCCAGAGGUCCUUUCUUCACACGGCGUUUGAGUGUCAGAGUUCUACUUCCAGGACUCUGCUGGGAAGCAGCCAGCAUGGGAAGUUUCUCUGGGUGAGCGCCGUGGCAGUCAGACAUAAAAGCUCACAGAGCCCGCCUGAAGAGGGAAGCAUCACAGCUCCUUUCUCUUUGCCCGCUGACCCCACCCCUAUCAUAGCACAACCAAUCUUGGAGCAGGUUCCAGUUGGAAGUACAACAGCACCAGUAGAGGACAUGUCUUCAUCUCCCCCAGUCCUGGUUUCCCCCCCUGAGCUUGUGUCCGCAGACCCCUCCCCUAUUUUUACACAGCCAAUCAUUGAGCAGGUGUACGAGGCUGCACCGACUGCACUGGAGGUCAUUCAGACUGGCAGCACAGAGACAAGUUUAGCAGAACUGGGAUUGGCCGGCCACACACCAGUGGGGCUGAUCCAGUACUUGUUGGAGUUAAUGCAUGUGGAUCUUGGUUUGCCCUGGUGGGGGGCCAUUGUGGUCGGAACCGUGUUGGCUCGUUUAGCUGUGUUUCCGGUUAUAGUGAAGGGCCAGAGGGAGGCAGCCAAGCUCAACAACGUUAUGCCCGAGAUGACCAAACUCACUAACAGGAUGAAUGAGGCCAAACAGAGCGGAAACAAAUUUGAUUUUGCAAAGGCCUACUCUGACCUGACCUUGUUCCAGAAGAAGAACGAUGUAAAUCCUCUCCGUGGCUUUCUAGUGCCAUUGGCUCAGGCCCCAGUGUUUAUCUCCUUCUUCAUUGCACUGAGGAAGAUGGCCUAUCUGCCGGUGCCCAGCUUGCAGACAGGGGGCAUGCUCUGGUUUUCAGACCUGACUGCUGCAGAUCCUUUUUACAUCUUACCUCUGGCCGUCACUGGAACCAUGUUCUUCAUCCUGGAGUUGGGUGCCGAGUCUGGAAUCGAUAACCCCAACCUGCGAGCCAUGAAGACCGUGUUCAGGAUUAUGCCCUUUAUCAUCCUCCCCCUCACUAUCAACUUCCCCACGGCGGUGUUCACCUACUGGUUGACCUCAAACUGCUUCUCCCUCGGUCAAGUUGCCCUGCUCAGACACCCCCUGAUUAGAGAUAAGCUAAACAUCCCGGAGAGGAUCAAACACCCAGCCUCAGCCAUGCCUGAAAGUGACGGCCUUAUCAAGAGCAUAAAGAAGGGAUGGAAAAAUGCUCAGCUGGCACAGCAGCUGGAGGAGAGAGAAAGACGAAUCAAAAAUCAUCUGGACAUUGCCUCCAAAGGCCCUCUAAGGCAGACUUUUACCCACAAUCCCCUCCAGCAGACUGCAGCAUCAAGUAAGAACAAGCCAGAGGUUGGCAAAGACAGGCCGUGGAAGGACACGAUUGGAUAGAUCAGACUGGCGAAUAGCUUGAAAGUGAAAUGAAUUAUGUGUAUAUUUAUGGAUGGAAGAGGGAGAGAGAGUGGUCAUCAUGUAUCGUUCUAAUUAAAGUGACAAAUCUGUACCAAAACCCCCACUUUUCUUUGUAUAUUGAGAUUUUUGAAAACACAUCACAUUACUAAGAAACUACAUUUGAACAGAAUUAAACAAAUGAGAUCAUG